UUUAUACUCUACCCCUAAUUUAAACACACUGGAGGAUCUUUUUGAUCUCAGUGAAAUCGUAGAUGUUUCAAGCGUCUCGGGAAUCGCACCAGGCAAUCUCGUGGUGAAGAGGCCCCUGGACUAUAGUGUUCCAGGUUGGGGAUUAUUUUCUAUUCUGUGCUGGACGCGUUACUUGGAAAGGAGGGCUUGAAGGCGGAUGUAGCUGCAAGUAGUUCCGGUUGAGGAAGUCUGUCCGCAGCCGGCUGCCGGUGCCUGGUUGCGUGAGGGUCGGAGCGGAGCGUGGCGCUGCCGGUCCCGGUCCCAGUCCCAGUCCCAGCUGUGCCAGCGCGUAGGGAGCCGCCGCCGCCGCCAUGUCGACCCGCUCGUGCCGGGAGAAGGCGCAGAAGCAGAACGAGCAGCACCAGGCCAUCCUGGCCAAGCUGCUGCGGGAGGAGGACAACAAGUACUGCGCCGACUGCGAGGCCAAGGGUCCAAGAUGGGCUUCUUGGAACACGGGUGUCUUUAUUUGCAUCAGAUGUGCUGGAAUACAUCGAAAUCUCGGGGUUCAUAUAUCAAGGGUAAAGUCUGUCAAUUUGGACCAGUGGACACCAGAACAAAUACAGUGCAUGCAGGAUAUGGGAAAUACGAAGGCAAGGAUACUCUAUGAAGCUAAUCUACCAGAGAACUUCCGAAGACCACAAACAGAUCAAGCUGUAGAAUUUUUCAUCAGGGAUAAAUAUGAAAAGAAGAAGUACUAUGACAAAAAUGCAAUCAGUGUCACCAGUAUGUCCUCCUCUGAUGCUGUUCAGCCUUUGGCACCUUCUCCUUCUCUGCAAGCUGCUGCCGAGAAGAGCAAAUUGGAGAAGGAAAAGGAGAAAAAGAAAGAUGAGAAGAAGAGAGAGAGGGAAUCAGAAAAAACAUUGAAACCCCUAACAACUGAAAAGCCUCAGAAGAAGGAGGAUCAGCAAUUAGAGCCUAAAGCAAGUCCGAAAAAACCACCAGAACCUACUAUUGAUCUUUUAGGACUCGAUGGUCCUCCUGAAGCACCUGUUACAAAUGGAAGCACCACUACCGUAACAACACUGAACGAUGACUUGGAUAUCUUUGGCCCAAUGAUCUCUAAUCCUUUGCCAGCAGCUUCUGCACCUCCUGCUCAGAGCACUUCCACUAAACCAACAGCUGCCACCUUAUCUGCUGCAUCCGGGGAUCUUGAUCUGUUCACUGAGCAAACAACAAAAUCAGAAGAGUCAGCAAAGAAGCAACUCUCCAAAGACUCCAUCUUAUCACUGUAUGGCACUGGGACCAUGCAGCAGCAAAAUGCUUCAGGUAUCUUCAUGGGAUCAUCUUCCAUGCCAUUUACCACACAACCGUCAACUAAUUUUCAAGGUUUUCCAGCCAUGGGAGUACCUGUGCCUGCAGCUGGUGGAAUGAUGGGGAAUAUGAUGGGACAAUCAGUGCCUGUCAUAGGACAGAACACAGGUAUGAUGGUGGGCAUGGGAAUGCCCAAUGGUUUCACUGGCACUACACAAACUGGUGUGAUGGGACUUCCUCAAAAUGUUGUUGGACCCCAAGGAGGAAUGGUGGGACAAAUGGUUACUGCACAAACUAAAUAUGGCAUGCAACAAAAUCAACAAGCUCAAUGGAACAUCUCUCAGAUGAAUCAGCAAAUGGCUGGCAUGAAUCUCAAUAGUUCCAGCAAUGUGGUGGGCUUUGGCCAGCCCCCCAAUACAGUGGCAGGAUGGACAGGAAGCUCUUCAGGUCAGACUCUCAGCACACAACUGUGGAAAUGAAAAUUGCAACAGAAGUUUCAUGCAGAACAGUCACUUGACAUUCCUUGCACAAAUGCAUUUGUUCUUUUUCUUUCCUCUCAGUUCUUCAGAUUAAGAAGUUAUCUAACUGACUGUGUUGUGGGCUAUAUUGAUUUAAAUUUGAUGUGGUGGAAAGCAGAUUGAGAAUACAUUUAUAUAUCAUUGGCAGCUCUUUCAUAUUACAGUACAUAUGAUUUCAUAAACCAUAUCAAGCAGCUGCUUUACCAAUUGCAUACUCAAUUUUUUUCUCAAAAUUAUAGAUCAAACGUUUGCAUAUAAGGGACGUAGCUAUCAUGUUAGUAAUAUCUCUAAAUAUAUAAACCUUGCCCCUCAAAUUACCCAGUAAUCCUUGUAGAAGGUACUGUAUGAACAAAUGUUUAAUCAUAUAAAUAGAAUGUAAAUGUAUCACUGAACAAUGUUUUUAGUGUAUCAAACAUACUGUGUUUUAUCAUUCAUUCCACUGUGAUGUUGUUAUGGUGUGCUUAACAGGGAACAUGGUUAGUGAAAGCAAGAUAAACCUGGAUAUUACUGUAGUUCCACAAGUUUUUAGUUUAUUCUUUUAAAACAUGAAUAUUUGAUCCAUUUGAAUUUCCUGUGACAAAAUAUGCAAUUUGGCUCCAUACGUGUAUACAUAGUGCUAAUAUAAAGAACUUAUUGCACAAUAUGCAUACAGGGUAACUCACCACAUAUGGAUACUUUUUGUCCUUGCAGCUAUAUCCAGGUUUGACAGUAAUUGUGUUUACAUUUUAUGGUGCCUCGUAUUGAUAAAAUGUUAUUUCCCUAUAUUAAAAAGAUAAAGCCAUAAA